GCGAACGAGUCCGGUAUUCAGCUAUUUUUAAAUAUAUUUGCCUAAAAUGUUAUUAUGUAACCUUUGUGUGCUCUGUUCGGAAACCGUGAGGUGUAUACCUAAAUAUAUUAUUUGGUGUGUUGUUGCCGUUUCCUGCGUGUUAGCACAAGAUCCUGUCGUUAACAUACCACAAGGACGGAUAGCCGGUACAAAAGUUUACACAGAAAACUCACUAACGCCUAUAGAAAUAUUUUAUGGAAUCCCAUAUGCAAAUCCACCCAUUGGAAGAUACAGGUUUGCGGCACCAGAGAGACACGCUGGCUGGAGAAAGACAUUUUUAGCUCAUCGUAUGAGGCCUCGUUGUCCGCAAGUCAUUGAUGAGAAUACGGGCGAAAAUUACAAUGAAGACUGCCUGUUUUUAAACAUAUGGACAUCUCGGCGGGCAGACGGUAAAUCAAUGCCGGUUGUGGUGAUAUUUUACAGCGAAACCUGGGACCGUGGAGGAGUGACGUUACCCUGCGAGGAGUUAGCGGCUGAAGGCCUAGUGGUGGUCACCGUAGCAUACCGCCUAGGAGUUUUGGCAUUUUUCACGCUGCGGUCUUUGUCGGCUCGUGGUAAUCUUGCGCUGCUUGAUCAGUAUCUGGCACUGUUGUGGGUAAGAGACAACAUAUCCGCCUUUGGAGGCGAUCCAUCUGCUACUACGCUGAUUGGACAUUCAGCUGGUGCUGAUAGUAUCCUAAAUCACAUGGUUUCACCGCGGUCCGUCGGUCUAUUUCAAAGAGCAAUACUUAUGGCACCACGAUAUAUUUGGAAAGCGGUAGAUGAAGGUAGAGCAGUUAACGCUACUGAAAUGGAGCAAGUGUCUCGCAAAAUUGCUCAAUCAACUGGAUGCAUGAGUGAAUAUGAUCAGGAAAUAUUACACUGCAUGCGUGACAAGCCUUUGUUUGAUAUUAUGUCUUUGUAUUCGCGCUUUAAUUGGAAUGAAACAUUGCAACCCGUACCCGACAAUUUCCUACCGAUCUCUGAACAGUAUCUGCCGGUUUCAUUGGCAAUGGCACUCUCAGCUACGAAGCAACCUAUUAUGCCAAUUGAUCUACUGUUGGGCGCCACCGAUUUGGAAGAUAUAAACCACAGAGAUGAUCACUACCUUGAGUUGUUGAAACGGAGUCCAUCGCAAAUAAAUGAAUACGCAAACAUAGAAAGAAUACCCGAACUAUUGAAGAUGUUUUUAAUUUACCGAACAGAUUCUGCGCCAUUGUUAUCACAGGCAAUUCAUUGGGAAUAUUGGCGAGUAAAAUCGAAUAAAGAUUAUGGUAACAAGUCACUUGAUGCUGUAGAGGGGCUGGCUCGAAUGGAGUCGUCGGCAAGGUGGAGCGUUGGUAACGCAUUAUUGGCAGCUAGAUUAGCUCGACGCAUAAGUCGGCUUUACGUCUACCGCUACUUGCAACCGAGCGUUACUGAUCUCCAUGGACAUCAGCUUAACUAUACAGGAGCGGUACAUGGAGCAGAUCUAAUCGCAUUACUGGGAGAUGCAUUUAUGUUACAAAUUGCUCGUCGACCAGCAACACAGGAACAAAAGCGGAUAUCUGUAAAGUUCCGACAGUUCAUUGUAAAUUUCAUAAAAUUUGGCAUUCCAGCAGUGGAAACAGUUUGGCAACGGUAUAAAGUUGGGGACGGUUACGUACAUGGAAUACACGACGAUAUCACUUCACAAAACGUGCAAAAUGUUAACCGAGAUGCAGCUUUCUGGCUUCAAUAUCUUCCACAAUUAUACAGCAUUUCGUCAUCUCCAGUGCAUACUGAACAAGUAGCUUCACAACAAGGAGAAAACAGACUUCGUGGUGGCGUAUUCGCAAUGUGCGGGGUGUCGGCCGUAUUGCUUUUAUUACUCUCAAUAAGUAUAAUAUUUCUACAUAGGACACGUGCUCGUCGUGCAUCAAUAGAUAUUCAUCGUUAGUAAUGUUAUAAAUAAUAUCAAUGUACCUACUUAUUUAAUAAAUGUUUUAUAUAAUUUAA